AUGGCACCUUUUACAAGACAGCCUUCCAACAGAGAGAAGUACCGUCAACAUGCUUUGGACCUUAUGAGUGCUCAUCCACUGAUUGAUACUCAUGUUGAUCUACCUUUAAUCUUGAGAGCAGUCAAUCGAAAUCCUGCAGAGGCUGCUGAGCAGAUAGCAGGACCAUACCCUGGCCAUGUCGAUGUUCCGAGAAUGAGACAAGGCAAAUUGGGCGGGAUCUUUAUGGCUGUUUGGCUACCUUGUAGACCGGGGACAGACUACUGUCUACCUAGUGAUGAUGUGAGAGAUGCGUUGGAACAGGUUGAUCAGAUUCAACUCAUCAUGCGAGAAAAGGAUUUUCAAUAUGCUCGAAGCUCAGAAGACACUUUGAAAGCUUUCAAGGCUGGUAAAUUUGCUACUUUCAUUGGUGUUGAAGGAGGUCAUAUGCUCGGUAAUUCGCUUUCGAUUCUACGUAUAUGGGCACAAUUGGGCGUGAGGUAUAUAACCCUGACACACACGGGACAUAAUGCUUUCGCUUCCUCAGCUGGUAGUGGAGAUCCUCUUGAUCCGGUACAUCCAGGAAAUGGUCUAUCGGAGCUAGGUAAAGAGCUGAUCAAAGAGAUGAAUCGAACAGGUAUCAUGAUUGAUCUCUCUCAUGUAUCCGAUGAAACGAUGAGACAGUCCAUCCAACUGUCCAAGGCGCCCGUCCUAUUUUCUCAUUCGAACGCAAGAGCAUUGUGUGAUCAUCCUCGUAAUAUCCCAGAUGACGUUUUGGACAUGAUAGGCAGUGAAGAAGGGAAAAACAACGGUGUGAUACACUGCGUGUUUUGUGAUAAAUUCGUUGGUCUCGAAGAUCCCACUUUGGAAAAAGUAGCAGAUCAUAUUGAGUAUAUAGCUAAGAAAUGUGGUAAAGCUUAUGUGGGCAUAGGAUCCGAUUUUGAUGGCAUAGAUUAUAGUGUCGAAGGGUUAGAAGAUGCUACCAAGUAUCCCGAUCUCAUAUCAGAGAUGAUGGCCAGAGGUUGGACGGAUGAAGAGAUUAUAGGUCUGAUGGGAGGAAAUCUGAUGAGGGUAAUGGAUGAGGUAGAUCGAGUACAACAACAAUUGAAAGAUCAGAAACCUUCAGGCGCAGUAUACGAUCAAAGGACGGAUCUGCCUGGUAUAUGGUUGGAAAACUUACCACAGUUGGCGAGAACGCAUCUAGCAGAGAGGAAUAAGUAG